AUGAAUAGCACCGGUAACCUAAACUACACGCUGUUCCUCGAUGUCGCAACGUCUCAUCAAUCAGCAGCAUCGGUCUUUGAUUUACGCUUCUUUCUCGUCCGAGUUUUCUAUCCGUGUUUAUUAGUAUGGGGUACUAUUGGAAAUGCUUUGUGCUUGCGCGUCUUACUAAGUAGAAAGUUUAACAAAAAUUCCACUUGUCAAUAUUUAGCUAUUCUUGCUGUUAUCGAUAUUUUAUUUAUUGUUAUGCGUUCAAGUCGUUAUAUCUACAGCCUAUUUCGUGAUUCACAUAUAUUCAAUACAUCCAAAUGGAUCUGCCGGUGUCUAACAUUCUUUUCCUCGGCACUUGCACAUAUGGGCUCAUGGAUGUUAGUUAUUGUUAGUUUCGAUCGAUAUCUCAUGGUCACAAGUAGAUAUCGACGACAUAAUUCAGUUGCCAAUCGAGUAUUUUGUUCAACAAGUAUACUCAUUGCUGUUGUGGCAUUGUGCAAUCUGUAUUACUUCUUCAUACUGGGUCGAUCGAUGACAUUACGAGGUCUGGGUAUGGCUGAUCCUCGCCGUUUCUUUCUUCGUUUUCGAACAUUGUCGAAUGAUACCUCGUUGUUAGAUUUAAACUACACAACCAGUUAUUUCCAAUCGGAAUUAUUUCGUCGUCGAAACUCCUCGAUCUUCAUUUGUAUACCCAGUGUCGGUUACGAAAAUUUCUUUCGUACCUACAUCCCAAUCUUUGACAUUCUACUCGUCGCAGUAAUUCCAUUCCUCGUACUUUGCUGUACCAAUAUUGGAAUCAUUUUGUUUACGAUGCGUAGCCAUCGCCGUGUACGGCAACAUCGCAAACGUUCGCAUCGUCGACAUCAACGUUUAACCAUCAUGCUUCUAUCUGUCACUUUAGCAUUCAUUGGUUUAACAUGCCCAUCAGUUAUAUUCAUAUGUGUGAAUAAAAUCCUUUAUGCUCCGCGCGUAUCAACACAACAAAAGGAGAGUUCGAAUGAAAAUGAUAAUCCCGGUGUGCCAUCGAAUAUACGGUUAAUCAUUGACGUCUGCGAAGCGUUGUGGUAUACAAAACAUGCCAUGAAUUUUAUUUUGUAUACAUUGAGCGGACAGGAUUUUCGUCGUGAAUUUUUGAAAUUAUUUACUCAUUGUUUUAAUUAUCGAUUUGUUUUCUUGCGGAAAACUUUUCUCAACAAUCCUCAAACAGUAGACCUAACGAAUGAAACAACGAUCGACACACCAAGACACAAUCAAAAGAAAAGCCAGUAUCGAAAGAAAUUCAAAGCUUAUCCAAACAGUGACACGACUGAUCUGACCAAUUCGUUAGUUAUACAUUCGAAUUCCAUGGAAUUUAAAUACAUAUCGCAAGAACAUUUAUAG